UAGAUAUUAACACGGCUGGAAUCUUAAAUACACGACCGAAAAGUCUGUGAGGGCCGAAUAUUUUGAUCUCUUCGAGAAAGUGUUAGAUGCACUCCGAGCCACGUCAUGUAAAACAUUAACCCAAAAAAUUCACAAAAGACACAAACCAAACCAAAAGAAAGAAAGAAACAACAACAACAUAUUUGGAUUGGAAAAUGUCAGGAAGAGAAAGUAUAGGAGAGGAAGAACUAUGCAAAGGAGGAGAAGUGCCGAGAGAUACUAUUCAAGGUAUUAGAAGAUGCAAAAGGAGGUGGAUGAAACGCACCAGUGGUUUGCUCAUGGAUUUGAGAUUUUUGUAAGGUUGAAUUUAGAGUUUGGAACUUUAGGUAUUUUGUGAUGUUACGGUUUUUAGUUUGUCAAGGAAGUAUAUUCAAAGUUGUUGGAAGUCUUGUAAUGCUCUGGGUAUGAAUGGGAAAAUUCAGUUUCUCAAAUACAAAAAUUAGUUUGUUACCUUGAUUUUGAUUGAUUAUUUCAUUAUGAUUUUCGAUUAUCGUCAUAGUUUCCCCAAUGCUUGUGUUCGUCUUACCCGCAAAUUAAGCGACCUUCGUCGAAUUUCAUAAACUAAGUUUUUGGAUUAUCCGGUGGUGGUUCAGUGGAGUUCUGGGAUUAACCGGUGGUGGUGCGGCGGAGUAAAGCGGUACAAUUGGCCCUGUGUAUCUGAACUCCAAUGAUGAGAAAAGAAGAGUCAACUUUUUCAACUUUUUACUUUUUGGUGACAGGAGUUUACUUUAUGUGGCCCUGUAUAUAACAUUUUGUGGCCCUGUGAACAACAGCGGUCAAAACGACCAAACUGAAAUUUCCCCCUUUAUUCUUAGUUUGGGGGGUAUUUUAGGCGGCAAAGGCAAAACCCUCAUCAUUCUCAGUUCCAAAUCUUCUCGGAAACAAAUAUCUUUAUCAUCAAACAAAAACACAGAUCAAGUAACAUUAUUAUCCUACACCACUCUCAUUAAUCUUCCCGCCAAAAUGGGUUGCCCUAAAUCAGGAGGUGUUCAACAAGAAACAGACGCCGAUGUUGUCGGUGAUUAUUCUGCGAAUACUAGUUGUGAAGCAGAUCCUUCUUCUUUAGGUAUUUCUGAAUAUAUUGAAGGUGAAAGAGUUUUUGCUUAUCACGGUCCUCGUAUUCACGAUGCGAAGGUCCUAAAAGUUAAGAUGCAGAAAGUUACGGAGGAAAAGAGAUAUUUUAUCCAUUACCUUGGUUGGAACAGAAACUGGGAUGAUUGGGUUGGCGCGGAACAUUUGUUGAAAUUCACUGAAGAGAACAAGAAACUGCAAGAGGAGCUUAAACUAAAACAGCAGGGUACAGGCAAGAAUCCAGUUUCAGCUACGAGAAAGCAUGAGGUUCAUGAGGCUAAGAAAGGCGCCAGCAAAGAUGGCAGGACUAAACGCCGCAAGAGUAGUAUUGCCUCUCUAGCUGCUUUAAGUACUCCAUCUAGUACCAAUCAAGGUGUUCCUCUUGUCUCAAAUGAGCUAGGUUCCACUGCUCAGUCCUCCGGUCAAAGCAGAAGGACUGUUAUGUUUGAGCAGUUGGUUGAGCGUGAUUCACUGAUUGGUUGUGGCGGCUAUGUGCUGGUGUACGAUUUUUGGGUUCCUCCAGAACAUGAGGCCAUGUACACGGAGAUUGUGAAAAACCAGGGUCACAUUCCUAGUAUGGAAAUCCUUCCCGAGAUGAACACAUUGGUUUCUUUGACUCGCAGCCUGUUGCAAAUUGCCGAUGAUAUGACUAAAGCUGAGCAAGUUCCUCCUUCAGCGGAGAAGUUAAAAGGGUGGGGUAAGGUAAUAGCUUCCGCUCAACGUCUGAACUUCAAUGUUAAUUGGAUGGAAGUUCUUUUGAAGGAAAUUGAGACCAAGGUAAAUGCUCGGCGGGCGCAACUUCCAAGCGUUAUUGCUAAGCUGCGAAGGAAUCUGGUCCUACUGCGGGUAGAAGCCCAGGCACAUGCAGCUACUCAGGAACGGCUUGUAGCUGAAGUUGCAACUAAAGCUAAUGUGACUAAUGCUGCAAUUGUUACCAAUGAAAAGCUACUUCGUGAAGCAGAGGAAGAACUUGCAGCUACCCAAUGAGUCUCUUGCUUUUCUUUUUUUAUGUCCAACUCUAGUUUAGAGUUCCAUGUCUUCUUCCUGUACAUUAGCAUCAAACAUCAAGUCUUGGGUAAAUAUUUUUUCGUCAAUGGGUCUAGGUUGAACAGUCACCUCAAGUAUAUCGAAUAUUACCUCUCUCAUCUCUAUGAACUGAGUACUAAGGUAUGAAAAAGGUGAGCGGAAAUUCCACCACCAAUCUGAUCUCCAUGAACUGGGUACUAAGCUUCUCCAUAUAAGAUAUUUACAACUCUUGUUGCCUCUA